UUUAUUUGUGUUUUGUAAAAUAUAUCCGUUGCAAAAUUACAACGGAUUUAUUCAGCAGCAAUCGACCCCACAACCAUUCACUAUGAACAAUUAUAGAGAUCACCAUUAAGCCACCCAUUCACUUGUUGACUCAUUGUGAACUAUUUUUUUGUUCACCCAAGGCUACCCUAAAUACCUUUUCUGAAACAAAUAAAAAAAAAAACAAAAAGAGCUUUUUCUCAUCCUUUCUGAGUGUGACAACAGCUGUUGAACCUUUUUAUUGCCAACACCAUUAAGCAUUUACGCACUUGCACCAACGUCAUCAUCGCCGGUCUUUAAUACCACAUUCCGCCGGUGAAAAUGGUGAGGAAGAAUCGCAGGAGGAAAAAAGAAGAAGUAUCUGAAGAUUGGUGUUUUGUUUGCAAAGAAGGUGGAAAUCUCAUUCUUUGUGAACACAAGGAUUGCUUAAAAGCAUAUCAUCCUCAGUGUGUUGGAAAGGAUGAUUCAAUUCUGGACUGUGAUGAGAGUUUCAGAUGUGAUUGGCAUUUCUGCUUCAAUUGUAAGAAAGCUGCAAAAUUCCACUGCUUUUGCUGUCCACAUGCUGUUUGUGGACAGUGUAUGGGUGAAGCAGAAUUCGUUUUGGUCCGAGGCAUCAAAGGAUUUUGCUGCAAUUGUCUAAAGUUUUCCUUGCUAUGGGAAGAAAAAAAGGAUGUCGACUCAGAUGGGGAGAAGGUAGAUUUUACAGAGAGAGGGACAUGUGAAUUUCUCUUUAUGGAUUAUUGGGAAAUCAUCAAGAAAAGUGAGGGUUUGAGAUUGGAAGAUCUCCAAAAGGCACGGUCAUUGUUGAAAAAAGGCAGAAACUACAGAUACUUGGAUGAUAGAGACGAGUUUGCAAAUAGUGAUCAAGAUCUGAAAUUGAAUAGUUUUGAGGACUGGGAAUGGGAGACUAUAGAAGAUUAUAGUCCUUCAAAGAAAGCGAAAAAUGAAAAAAGAAAGCCUUCCGUGAGAAGCAAAGUCUCUAUGCAGUCAAGGGAGAAGGCAAAAUCCAAAAAAAAGGAGUUUAUAGGCUGGGCUUCUAAACCACUUUUACAUUUUCUUGCUAACUUAGGUGUUGAUGCAAGCACUGAAUUGUCACAUUACGAUGUAGUAGACAUUGUUACCAAGUAUGCAAAUGAAAAAAGGCUCUUUGAUCCGAAGAAAAAAAAAACAAUUGUUUGUGACCCAAACUUAGUAUCACUGCUGGGGCAAAAAAGGGUGAAUAAACAUAGAAUAUAUGACCUUUUAGACACCCAUCUAGCUGCUAACCAAGAAGAAUCAUCAGAUGAUUUUUCAUGCAGCUCAAAAGAAGAAGAGAAAUCCUUAAGGUUAUGUAAAAAGAAGAAUGAAAGAAAUCCAGGUGGACCUCAGUAUAGGGAGAAAUUGAUUUCAAGGGGUGGCAUGGCAUCGAUUGUUCCAGAAAAUAUCAAACUUGUGUACUUGAAGCGGAGCCUGGUGGAAGAGCUAGUGAAGAAAUCUGAUACUUUUUACACCAAAAUAUCUGGUAGCUUUGUACGGGUCGAGUCAGAUCCAGAUGACUAUAUGCAAAAAAAUCGUCAUCAGCUUGUGCAAGUCACUGGUAAGCAUCAGAUACAACGACGAGAAGAGAAUAUGGAAAUUAUCUUGCAUGUUUCAAAUGUGCCAUUAGAUAUUAGCAUCCAUAUGUUGUCUGAAAGUGACUUCACCAAGGAAGAGUGUGACCAACUACGCCAACAAAUGAAUGAUGGACUACAUAAAAGGCUUACUGUGGUGGAGCUUGAGCACAAGGCAAGGGAAUUGCGCGAAGACAUCAUCAAGCAUUGGAUUGUGAAGGAACGUGCGUUAUUGAAGAAUUUAAUUGACAAGGCAAAUGAGAAAGGAUGGAGAAAAGAUCUUGCGGAGUAUACUGAAAAAAGAAGGCGGCUUGAAUGUCCAUCAGAGCAAUUACAACUAAUACAGAAUAUUCCAGAAGUAAUAGCUGAUGAUGUAGACCUUGAAACAUGUUCCGUUAGUGCAAUUGAAAGCAGGAAAAGAACUUUUUCUUCUGGCAUAAAUCUAAAUGGAGUAGAUGCUGCAGCAGCUCAAAGUGAACAUGAUCCUAAUACAGAGAUGGAAAGUGAAGGAUCAGAUCACUUUGAAUAUCAAACAGAUGCAGAGCAAAAUUCUGGAGUGGUGCAGAUCAUUGAUUUAAGUGAUGAUGAUGAUGAGCAAGAAAAGAAGAAACUCAGAAGGCAUGCAGCUACAGAAAAAGACCCUGAUGAAUGGUAUUGCAUAGGUCCAUGCGGAGACGUUAGGGGACCCUAUAAAAUGUCCUUGCUCAAGCAAUGGAAUGAACUAUCUGCUACCUAUGCUUCAAGAUUCAAAGUUUGGAAGAUAGGCCAGAGUGAAAAAGAUAGAGUGCCUUUGCCAGAUGCCUGUCGCUUAGUCUCUAUAACGAAGUAAUACAGUAUUUUGCGAAUGGGCUGCACAUAGAUUGGGAA